AUGGCCGAUAGCCCAGACGCACCUUCGAGCGAACAUGUCAAGCCUCGCGAAGUCCCAUAUUGCGGCUUCUGCUCGUUGCCGCCAGAGUACUGCGAAUUCGGACCCACUCUCGAAAAAUGCAAGGAAUGGUUGAGCAAGAACGACAAAGUGUUAUACGCCAUUCUUUACAAUACCCUGGAUGAUCAGCUCGCUGCCCAAUCCAAGGUCCUGAUCAAGAGAAUCGAACGCACCAAGAGAAAGUGUGUCACUAGCGUCUUUGGGCUGGAGAAUUUUGAUGUCGAUCUCAAAAAGGCCGCAAAGUUGUUUGCCAACAAGUUCGCUUGCGGAUCUUCAGUCACAAAGAACAACCAGGGCAACGACGAGAUUGUCGUCCAAGGAGACGUCUCGGACGAAAUCUUUGAUCUCAUUCUGGAGCAUUGGCCCGUGAUUCCUGAGGACAACAUUGAUCUGAUCGAAGACAAAAAGAAGGGCAAAUAG